AUGCCGAACACUAUCUUCGGCAUUAUCAACGCGUUAGCAGCGCAUAAAUUCGGCAUCGCCGCAACGGGGAGCAACCCGAUCCUAAGACUUCCUCUCGUGCUGCUGUGGGUAUGGGCGAACCUGCUUCUUUUGUCCAUCAACAAUCAGAGGGCUCCCCUGUCCGUCUCGGAAGACGCCGUGAACAAGCCGUGGCGCCCACUGCCACAGGGUCGUAUCUCGCCCAGCCAGUCAAAGAGGCUGAUGUACUGGAUCUAUGCCAUAACUCCCCUCAUCAGCACCUUAGUCGCAGGCGGUCUGCGCCAAAACUUCGUUCUGAUAUUCCUCGGGACCUGGUACAACGAGUUCGGCGGCGGAGACUGCCAUCCGCUCCUGCGCAACGCAAUCGUCGCCGUUGGCUAUUCCUGCUUCGCAUCCGGGGCGAUGGAAGUGGCGCUUGGAUUUCAGCUCACGAUGCCUUUGACGGGGGCCCCUGAUUCCGAUGUCUCGAUGCCGCUCUUCCAAUGGUUGGGAAUCAUUGUGGCAGCCAUAGUCACGACCAUGCAUACCCAGGAUAUGUAUGACCAAGAAGGGGACGCUUUGAGAGGGCGGAGGACGCUGCCGCUCGUUGUCGGUGAUGGCUGUGCUAGAUGGAUCACAGUCUUCUGGAUGUGCGCUUGGGGGAUCAUCUGCCCUCUAUUCUGGGGCUUGCCGCUGCUUAGCGGUGUCUCUCUCUUGGUCUUUGGACUCGCGGCCGCAGUCGGUGUCAGAGGCUUGUUGUAUCGCGACGUUCCAAGCGAUAAGCUUACCUUCUGGAUUUGGAAUGUCUGGAUCUCAUGUAUAUUCACUCUGCCAAUUUACUGCUAG